AUGGUGACCAAGUUCUACCAGCAUAUUCUAGCUUUGGUCUUCGCUAUUGAUGAGAUCAACAAUAAUCCCAAGAUUUUACCCAACACUACUCUUGGGUUCCACAUCUUUGACAGCUACUCUGAUUCAAAGAUGACUUACCGCACCAUUUUGGACCUGCUCUUCACUUCACAAGAGUUUGUUCCAAACUACAAAUGUGGCAGUCAGAAAAACAUAAUAGGAGUCAUUGGGGGAUUUGGCUCUGAUACAACCUCAUGCAUGGCAGAUAUCUUACAUCUUUAUAAGAUUCCACAGGUACCACCUCUUUCCCUGUGUAAUGAAAAGUGCCAUCCUGGCUACAGUAAGAAAAAGAAGGAUGGAGAGAAAUUUUGCUGCUAUGAUUGUGCUCUAUGUCCAGAUGGGAUGUUCUCAAACCAAGAGGAUACAGAAACAUGUCUCAGAUGUCCAGAGGAUCACUAUCCAAACAAAUUCCAGGAUCGAUGCCUUCCUAAAAUUCCAAACUUUCUCACUUUUGAAGAUCCUUUGGCUAUCGUUGCAACUUUCUCAGCACUUUCACUUUCUCUGAUCACAGUUCUGGUGCUAGGCAUCUUCUUGAAGCACCAUGAUACGGCCAUUGUGAAAGCCAACAAUCGGAGUCUCACCUAUAUUCUUCUCAUCUCUCUCCUCUUGUGUUUCCUCUGUCCCUUGUUGUUUAUUGGAAGACCUAACCAAGCCACCUGCUUUCUUCGCCAGACCACUUUUGGCUUCGUCUUUUCUGUCUCCCUUUCAGGCAUUCUGGCAAAAACGAUUUCAGUGGUUUUGGCUUUCAUGGCUACCAUACCAGGAUCCAGUAUGAGGAAAUGGGUGGGGAAAAGACUGGCCUAUUCCAUUGUGUUCACAUGCUCCAUCUUUCAAGCAGGAAUCUGUGUUCUGUGGCUGGCAAUAUUCCCCCCAUUCCCUGAUGUGGAUGUGCGCUCAAUGACAAAGGAAGUCAUUGUUUUAUGUAAUGAAGGCUCAGUUACUAUGUUUUAUUGCAUUUUAGGCUACUUGGGUUUUCUGGCUAUUAUCUGUUUCACUGUAGCCUUUCUAGCCAGGAAGUUGCCAGACAGUUUUAAUGAAGCCAAGUUCAUCACCUUCAGCAUGCUGGUGUUUUGCAGCGUUUGGUUGUCGUUCAUCCCAACCUAUUUGUGCACUAAAGGAAAAUACAUGGUGGCUGUGGAGAUCUUCUCCAUCUUGGCUUCCAGCGCUGGGUUAUUCGGUUGCAUCUUUUUCCCUAAAUGCUAUAUUGUUGUGGUAAGACCUGAACUGAAUAACCGAGAACAGCUUAUUCGAAAAUAG